CGCCCCCAGACUACACGAGGAGCUGCAGCUGCUGCAGGAAGCCUAGUACUGAAGGUGUUACAGGAAUGUGAUCUGACUUCCUCCUGCUGUGAUGAUCUCUGCUCUGUUAUUACUACAAACCGCUCUCUGACCAGACUGGACCUGUCAAGGGAUGCUCUGGGGGACUCUGGAAUAAAGCUUCUGUGUGAGGGACUGAGACAUCCAGCCUGUGCCCUGCAGGAUCUUAUGUUAUGGCGCUGUGGUCUGACCUCCUCCUGCUGUGAUGAUCUCCGCUCUGUUAUUACUACAAACCGCUCUCUGACCACACUGGACCUGUCAGGCAAUGCUCUAUGGGACUCUGGAAUAAAACUUCUGUGUGAGGGACUGAGACAUCCAGCAUGUGCCCUGCAGGAUGUUAGGUUACAGGACUGUGGUCUGACCCCCUCCUGCUGUGAUGAUCUCCUCUCUGUUAUUACUACAAACCGGACACUGACCAGACUGGUCCUGUCAGAGAACGAUCUCCAGGACUGUGCAGCAAAGCUUAAGAACUGUGUGAGUCCGCCUCUGGAGCUUCGUCUGCAAGAUUAUUGAAUUACAUCCAAUUAAUGUAUAAUGUUUAAAAGUGUUUAUACUAGCAUGGCAUGUGUGAUAUGGUUUUCCUGUGUGAUAUGGUUUUCCUGCAGCUGUGCAUGUGGCUUGUGGGUAUAAUCAGGGCCAUAACUAGGUGUUGGCAGAUGGUGCAUUUGCCCUGUGGGGACACCAUCUGCAUCCACCCUGAUUAGCCGGCCGCCGUUGUAUCCUCAGACACCUGCUAUGCUGGCCGCUGUGUACAUUACAGCAGAUGGUGCUGAUCAGUCAGUCUGUUCCCCGUGUGCUCAGGCCCACCUCCUGCUCUUGUGAUGUGAACACUUUGAAGUGGGACUUCUCGGUAUUGGAGCCAGCUGUAGAGGAAAGUGAGGAGACGCUGAGGUACAGUAACUCACUUGUUGCUUCGCCAGCAGUAGGAGAUAGAUGGACACACUCAGGGGUGGAUCCAGAAGAAAAUGAAAGGGGGGGCACCAUGAUAGGGGAACGGUAAUAGUUAUAUUUACACGCACCUAAGGCACGUGUGCUCCCAGAUAAGGGUUGUGGUAUCACAGGAGGCUUGGCCUCACAGAAUACGCCAUCAGGUAAUGAUUAGAGCGCAACCUGGUUUAUUGUCAAUGUUACACCCCGAUGAAAAGGCUGAUUGGGCCUUGAAGUGUUCCAUUAGUUAUGGGAGCCUGGAAGGCACCCCAGAACAAUUUAAUUAUUAUAGUUUUUAGGUGGUGGUGGCAGGUGCAGCAUACCUUGUUUUGGGCACUGCACUGCACUGAGACUCAGACUGCAGGACACGAACUGCCCAUCUUUGAUUAGCAGAAGCAGCCAGCUGGCCGCCUUUUCAAAACUGAGGCUGUUUGACUGCACCUUGCACGGUGGUAAAGGAAGUGGAGGAGGAAGCGCUGGGAAACUGUGCGGUGCAGUGAGGGCUAAUGAAGCCUUCUGAGCCAUAAUAAGUAAGAGUCUUACUAGAUCCUGGCAUUUGAACCCGUGAAUGGGCUGGACUCUGACCGGCUGGCGGUGGGGGAGGUAGGUUGCGGUGUGAGCAGGGGGAGGCUGGAGCUGCAGCUCCAGCCUCCCCAUUGGUUACCACACUAACUUGCUUUUAGAGCCGCAGUAGGUCCCAGUACCUGCCGACUCUUUUAUCAAAUCUGACUGACGGAAAUAGCAGUAGUGCUGCUGCUGUUCUCCUUUUGUAAAAAAAAAAAAAGGUAGUCAGAAAUGACAGGGGGGGGGGGGGGCGGCAUGGACCCGAGUGGUGUGGUGUAAUGUGACUAACGGACAUACUGUGUGGUGUAAUGUGACUAACUGACAUACUGUGUGGUGUAAUGUGACUAACGGACAUACUGUGUGGUGUAAUGUGACUAACGGACAUACUGUGUGGUGUAAUGUGACUAACGGACAUACUGUGUAGUGUAAUGUGACAAACGGACAUACUGUGUGGUGUAAUGUGACUAACGGACAUACUGUGUAGUGUAAUGUGACAAACGGACAUACUGUGUGGUGUAAUGUGACUAACAGACAUACUGUGUGGUGUAAUGUGACUAACGGACAUACUGUGUAGUGUAAUGUGACUAACGGACAUACUGUGUGGUGUAAUGUGACUAACGGACAUACUGUGUGGUUUAAUGUGACUAACGGACAUUCUGUGUGGUGUAAUGGGACUAACGGACAUACUGUGUGGUUAAAUGUGAAUUGGAAGUAUUUUGUGGCCACGCCCCUUCCCCACAUAGCCACACCCCUAUACUUUUGUCAUGUACUGUCCCUAUUUUAAGCAGGGGGGGCACCAAUUAUCUUUCUGACACAGGGCACCAACAUGUCUAGUUACAGCACUGGGUUUAAUAUUAUUGUUAGACUGAGCUGUAAUAUGUGAUCAGGUUUUCCUCCCUCACAGUGUAAGCCUGUGAGCUGGACUCUCUUCCUUCUCUGUGUUAUUACCCAGUAUAGUUUUAUUACUGUUUUCUUCUAAAUUGUACAACACAAUUGAGUAUGCUGGCGUUAUAUCAGUAAACAGAAAUAAAUAAGGAAUAAUUUGUCUCAGUAA